GGAGGUUGAGAACCAGUCUAAUACAUGUGUGAAGGGAAUCAGCCGGUAAUCGGUGUCAAACAGACGCAUCGAUCAGAUCUGAUCUGAUCAUCGAUCCGUGCUCAUCGUGUAUUUAUGAUCUGGACUGAAGUGAAGUGUCAUGUGCACGGAGGCGGGUUGUUAAUGUUGAUCUGAGGAGCCUCACACGUGUCGCUCAGCGGGAAGUGGAAACUCUUAUUUGCACUUUUCAUCUUUUAGCUGGAGCGAUUUUAUCAGCUCGUUAUAAAGAUUUACUUUUCCACACUGGGUCCCGAGCAUCAAGAAAAACCAGGAGAGAAUGGAGGCGCCUGUGUCCUGUGUCUGGACUGAGAAGGAAUGAUAGAUUAUUCUACAGCAGCAAUGGUCGUUGAGGCGAGGUUUCCUCCCUCCUCAUCAGUGACCUCGCCAUUUGUCUCACCAUGCCGAAAGACCCUGUCGCCUCCGGCUUUUACAUCAUCCUGGAACUGCUGAUCGCCGGGUUCUCCGUGCUGGGCAAUGUGCUGGUCUGCUGGGCCGUGUGCCUCAACAGCAACCUGCAGACCAUCACCAACUUCUUCGUGGUGUCGCUAGCGGUGGCUGACAUCGCAGUGGGCGUCCUGGCCAUCCCUUUCGCCAUCGUCAUCAGCAUCGGGUUCUGCUCCAACUUCUACGGCUGCCUCUUCAUCGCCUGCUUCGUGCUGGUUCUCACUCAGAGCUCCAUCUUCAGCCUGCUGGCCAUCGCUGUAGACCGCUACAUUGCAAUCAAGAUACCGCUCAGGUACAACAGUUUGGUGACAGGCCAGCGGGCUCGAGGCAUCAUCGCCAUCUGCUGGGUUUUCUCCAUCAUCAUCGGUCUGACCCCAAUGAUGGGCUGGCACAGGCUGCCUGAGGAGGGCAACGGCACCGACUGCGCACCCGGCCUGAUGGAGUGCCUGUUCGAGAAGGUGGUGGACAUGGAGUACAUGGUCUACUUCAACUUCUUUGCCUGCGUUCAGAUUCCUCUGCUGCUGAUGUUGGCCAUCUACCUGCGUAUCUUCAUGGCCGCUCGUUACCAGCUCAAGCUGAUCGAGGUGAAGGCCGCUCACGGGGAGAAGUCGCGCUCUACACUGCAGAAAGAGGUGCAGGCCGCCAAGUCUCUGGCCAUCAUUGUAGGGCUGUUUGUUGUCUGCUGGCUGCCUUUACACAUCAUCAACUGCUUCACCCUCUUCUGUCCCAAAUGUCAUCGUCCUCCGGCCUGGAUCAUGUAUGUGGCCAUUAUCCUCUCUCACGCCAACUCUGUGGUCAACCCCUUCAUCUAUGCCUACAGAAUCCGGGAGUUCCGGAAGACCUUCCGUAGGAUUAUCCAGCGCCACAUCCUUGGACGGCAGGAGCUGUUGGAGAGUGGCAGCAGUAAACGCAACUCCACUCGCAACAGCAUCACAGACUCCAUCAGGCUCAAGGCGAACAGCCUCAGCUUUCAACUUUUCACUGAGCACAGCAGCGGCAGCAACUGUGAAAGGUCCUACAGCUGCCCUGCUCACAUCUCUGCUGUAGGGGGAGGACUCUUGGCGGUAUCUAACCCCUCUCUGUCAGUCAUCAUCUCCCACUGUCCUAAGAUGGAGCUGUGUCCACUGCAGACCCUCAGACAAACUCAGAUCCCAGUGGGUCAUCACCUACAGUAUGGGGAGCAGCAGUGUGACUGCAGCGGACCUGUAGUCAGGGAGGAUAAGGACCAGGUUGCAUCACUGUUCAAUAAACACGACAGGAAGAGCUACUGUGGUGAGGUGGCGAAGGUUUCCUGAUGCAGUGGAGGGGGGUUAACUGAUGCUGCUUUCAGACAUGCACUGGAUUUUAUCCUAAGUUGCUGUAUGUAAAAAUGCAAAUGCCCAAGUGUGAGGCUCUGGACUUUCUGGAGUUUCUCCGGACAGCCCCAUAGUAAAAACUCUGGAUAACGUCCUAAUGAGCAGAUGUGAGAAAACAGCAGGAGAACCUCCACAGGAUUCACCGCGAUCAAGUGAGCAUGUUGAUGACGUUUCUAACAACCGAUGGACGCAAAAAUGAACACAACAGAUGAUGUACACCAUCAGUGAGAUGACUUAAAUCUCUCUCUCUCUCUCUCUCUCUCUCUCUCUCUCUCUCUCUCUAAUUUAAACCUUAAUAAGAGUCUAUAAGCACUGCUAGUUUCCCAAAGAGUUUGUGCUGCUUCACAGAAGUGGUUUAAACUCACUGAGCCACUUCUAACUUUAGGGUGUAGAAACUUCAAGCUUCUAAUUUCAGCAGAGGAGAAAACACUGAACACUUUCUCUUCCUCUUUGCAAAUGCGUGUUUUUUAAUGUCCAAUGAAAAUGCAAAACCCACCAAAGCUCAGCCAAAUAUGGACCUCGAGUAAUGUCUGUCUUGAAGGUUGAGAGAAUGUCCCAUAGUCACUGGAUGUAGAUGUGAAUCAUGCCACUUCUGAUGUGAACGGGCCUCGGGCUGCAGAUAAACGUAUCUGAUUCAUAAAUAUUUUACAUUUUAAGGGAUGUGGAUAUAAAGUCUUUGUCUGAUGGAUUUUAUCUUGUGCAGCCAUCAUGGAGUACGAGCAGAGGAUUGUUUCUUCAGCUGUAAUGCAUCAUCACCCAUUUAUAGCCUCACCCCAUCCUAAGGCCCUGCACGGUGCACAGACAGCGCCACCAACCUGUACAGCAAAGUAUCUGCAAAUGUUAAAGGUUUUUUACUUUCACCCUUUAUUUUACAUCAUGAUUUCAGCUGUUUGGCAGCGACUUACGUGCACUCCCAACACAGAUGAAUGGAUUGUGAUUAUGUUUAGGGCUCGAUGCUGUUUCUCUUUGGACUAAAAAUAAUUAAGGACUGUACAUGUGUUAAUAUUAAAAAUUUCACAUUUUUAAAAGCAUAAACGUCAAAGUUGUUGAUGUGAUGCUGAUUUGUAACCUUGUGUUUGCUCAGUGGGACCAUGUGACUUGAUUGUGUGCUUAUUUAAGUAUGACAUAGUUUGAGGAGUGAUGGAGGGAUGGUUUGAUAUGGAUUGUAAAUGAUUUGAGACUUAAAUCAAACUGAUGGAAGAUUUUUUGUCCCUCCUCAGUCCAGUGCAGCUAUCACCUUCUGUGAGGAGGUUGGCACAAAGUUCUGUCUUUAAAUAAAUGGCUUUAUGUUUUCAA